AUGACUGCGAAAGACGAUGCAGUGUACUGCCACACAGACAGCAUCGUUUCACGCGGGCGGCGGAAGCACUAUCGUAUCCCCGUUCGCUCACAGCAUUGGCAGCUCCGAUCCCUGAUCUCGGCCGAAAAACGUCACCUUAUAUACUUCCCAGGAGGGAAUGGGAGCAAUCAUGUGCAGAGGUUGAAUACCUUCACGGAAGAGUGUGAAACUAUCAAGCUUCUCACUUUCGCACCUCGAUGUCUUGUGGCCGAGAAUGGGUGGUUAUGCUGUGGAAGUGAGAGUGGCGACUUUGUCGCCAUACGUCUCGACGAGGGCAACGACAGUAGUAACCCCAACACACCGCUCAAUCUGGACCCUGACGCCCGCUUGUCGUUGAAUCUGGAGUCUCGGGAGGAAUCACUCCUCUCGCUAAUAACCCAGGCCCGACGAUCCAACAAGAGUCUGAUAGCCAAAAGCGUCAAGCUAGCCAACGAUCGAGUCAACUGCAUAACCAUGUGGUUUCCUGGCGCCCUCGCUUCUCCCGUGGAAGGAGCCUAUACGGAACCCGUUGCUAUCCUAGCCAACAAUGACUGCACCGUGACCAUCAUCAGCCUACGCGACUUCGAUCAGAGCGACAAGACAAGCCCACUAGACGUCGUCACCUACCCCGAUUUUGUCAACCGUGCGACUAUCUCCCCCGACGGGCGCAUGAUGGUCGCUAUCCUGGACGAUCCUUAUCUCUAUGUUCACGUUCGCGCGGAAAAGCCCCGCGAGUCAGGAUGUGCAUCAGAGUAUGCGUGGGAAUUUCGUCAACGACUGAUGCUUAAAAGUCAGAAGAAGGGUGACAGGACAGACAGCCGCGGAAGCUUCGCGGCUUGCUUCUCGAACUCGGGCUCCUAUCUUGCCGUUGGUACGCAGCAUGGAGUCAUAUCGAUAUAUGAUGCCGAAAUGCUGUUAGACGCCAAUGCGCAACCUCUCAUCACAACUUUCGAAUCCUCCAGGCCGCGAAGUGGGCCAGGCGCAAUUCGCGAUAUGGCUUUCUCUCCGGGCCCGUAUGAUAUAUUGGCGUGGACAGAAGAUCGUGGCCAUAUUGGUAUCGCUGACGUGCGGACCAAUUUUGUGGUGCGUCAAAUUGUAGAUAUCAGUGUCGAUACCGAUUUUGAGCAUAUUGGCAUCGUUGACCGCAACACCAUCGACCCGAGACUGCUUGAUGGUCAGAGUUCAUCAAGGAGAGACGGUAGUCAGCUGGCUAGGGGCGGUCUCCCAGCAUCCAGGCGUGAAGGCAAUGGUCGGAUUGACACUUUGAACCAGCCUCUCACACCGAGCGAGACGAUGGUGCUGGAAGCUAUACAAGGAGACCGUCGCCGACGAGACAGGAUACCCCAACGGACUGAUGGCGGGGAUACUACCAUGACUGACCCAUCUUGGUCGUAUUUGGCAAACUUGCGGUCACCAAACAUCGAGAACGAUUCGUCGCGAACUCGCCAGCGCAGUAGUAGUGUCAGUCGCGGAAGUUCGGAGACACCCAGUUCGUAUCGAGACCAGAGAGAAAGAGAAAGGGAGAGAUUCACCGAUCGAGUCCGAAACAUUCAGCAGCUUGCAAGAGAUCCAAGCAACAGACUUUCCGGGCGCCGAGAUCAGAGAUGGAUCGAUAGGCUAGGCGAAACUGUGGCAGCGAUGCGAGAGCAGCGCGAGCGUGAUGGGGACCGCCCGGAUGCAUCGUAUCUCAACGUCCUUGAUAUUCUGCAGGCAAGGGAGAGAAGUGCUGGAUACGCUGCAGCAACUGGGACAUCAACCGCCACAGGGACUGCGACGGGAACCGCGGCGGGAACGGGAACGGGAACGGGAACUGGGUCACGUACUGUGACAACAACUGCCAGUACUCUCGCAAACGAGGCCGAACGCGAUGAUUCCUCGCUGCUAGUGCCCCUAGUGAAUCAGGUCGUUAACCGAUGGGAAGAAAGCGCGAUACGAGGCACUCUUCCAACGGAACACACGGGGCUGUUCGAAGUACCCCCUUCACCGGAUAACACAGCUGGGCUUGCCUGGAGCGAUGAUGGCCGCACCCUGUUUAUUGGAGCACAAAACGGCAUCUACGAAUUCCAUAUCAACACGCAGGCCCGACUCUUCCACCCUAGCAUGCAGAUGCGGUAA